UCCAGGCACAUGAGAGUGGUUUAUUACAGAAGCUCCUUCAGCAAGGUGGAGCAUAUGAUUAUGACCUCAUUGUCCUUGGGGGAGGUUCUGGUGGCCUUUCGUGUGCUCAGGAAGCUGCCACUUUGGGGAAGAAAGUUAUGGUGCUGGAUUUUGUGGUCCCAUCACCCCAGGGCACAUCAUGGGGUCUUGGUGGUACAUGUGUAAACGUGGGCUGUAUACCCAAGAAAUUGAUGCACCAAGCUGCCCUUUUGGGUCAGGCAUUAGCUGACUCGAGGAAAUAUGGCUGGGAUUAUGGUCAACAAGUGACACACAACUGGGAGACCAUGAGAGAAGCAAUUCAGAACCACAUCGGCUCUCUAAACUGGGGCUAUAAGGUGUCUCUGCGGGAAAAGGCUGUGACUUAUAUCAAUUCCUAUGGAGAAUUUGUCGACCAUCAUAAAAUAAAGGCAACCAACAAAAAAGGACAGGAAACAUGUUACACUGCUGCAAACUUUGUCAUAGCAACAGGAGAACGACCACGGUAUUUAGGGAUUCCAGGAGACAAAGAAUACUGUAUUACUAGCGAUGACCUGUUUUCUCUGCCUUAUUGCCCGGGCAAGACGUUGGUGGUGGGUGCAUCCUAUGUGGCCCUGGAAUGCGCAGGAUUUCUAGCUGGCAUUGGCUUGGAGGUCACGGUCAUGGUGCGUUCAAUCCUUCUCCGUGGUUUUGACCAAGAAAUGGCAGAGAAAGUGGGAUCCUACAUGGAGCUGCAUGGUGUUACGUUCUUAAGGAAAUUUGUGCCUGUGAAGAUUCAACAGUUGGAGAAAGGUUCACCCGGAAAGCUGAAAGUAGUGGCUAAAUCCACUGAAGGACCAGAAACUUUUGAAGACACAUAUAACACGGUUCUAUUAGCAAUUGGCCGUGACUCCUGUACAAGGAAAAUAGGUUUGGACAAGAUCGGUGUCAAAAUUAAUGAGAAGAGUGGCAAAAUACCAGUAAAUGAUAUGGAGCAGACCAACGUGCCCUAUGUGUAUGCUAUUGGGGAUAUUCUGGAGGGUAAGCUGGAGCUCACCCCCGUCGCCAUACAUGCAGGCAAGCUGCUGGCUCGAAGGCUCUUUGGGAGCUGUUUCGAAAAGUGUGAUUAUGUUAAUGUUCCAACUACAGUGUUUACCCCCUUGGAAUAUGGCUGCUGUGGAUUGCCUGAAGAGAAAGCUAUUGAAAUACACAAAAAAGAGAAUCUAGACGUAUUUCAUACUUUGUUUUGGCCUCUUGAAUGGACAGUGGCAGGCAGAGACAACAAUACCUGUUAUGCAAAGAUAAUUUGCAAUAAAUUCGACAAUGACCGGGUGGUAGGAUUUCAUAUUCUUGGACCAAACGCGGGUGAGAUUACCCAGGGAUUUGCAGUUGCCAUGAAAUGUGGGCUCACAAAGCAGCAGCUCGAUAGCACCAUAGGAAUUCACCCCACAUGCGGCGAGGUCUUCACAACACUGGAAAUCACGAAGUCCUCGGGACUAGCUAUCACUCAGAAAGGUUGCUGAGGCUAGGCCCGCUGCUGUUUGGUCUUCCUUGUCAUUGUCCCUUGUCUUCUGAGGAUAGCGAGGGACCUGGCCAGCUUCUCUGCAUGGCCGGACAUGAGAAUCAGACAAGGAGACAAUCAGACAGCAGCGGGCGUCCGCCCAGCUCAGCCGACAGGAGAGGCAGACAGACUGCCUACGUGACGUCUUAGCUCGGAACCUCUCUUUGAGGUGAGCCAAGAUUGAUGCUCUUCCAAGUCAGAACUGAGCUUCCCUCCCUCCCAAAGACCUUUAAAUCACACAGCUCGCCUAAGUGCCUUUUCCGGUUGCUAGUGUGUAGCCCCUUGCUUUGUUGUGCCUAUGAAAAUAUUUUCUCAGUGGUGAAAGUGACUAGUGUGGUGGUGUCCCAGAGCCUUGUGGCUGUGAGGGCGUCAUGGAGGUGCCCCUGCAGGCUGGCUGCAGAGGCCAGGAGCAUGGGUGGAAAGUGUCCUCGCUGCAGGGCUUAGACGGCUGUCUCCCCCUGGAGUGCAUCCCCACCCCACCCCCACCC